AUGCAAUUGGACAUCAAUCUGCCACACUGCCCCGCGUUCUACCAGCGUCACGUGUUGCCUUCACGGUAUCGGUCAAUGGUCCGCGAACCCCGCAACAAGGAACAGGAAGCCGAGGUACUGCAGUGGAUCGCCGAUGUGUUGGGCGAAAAGUUGCCGCCCGGUCCGUACGAGGACGUGCUGAAGGAUGGCGUUGUGCUGUGCAAGCUGAUCAACAAGAUGGCACCGGGGUCGGUGAAGAAGAUCCAGGAGCGUGGCACCAACUUCCAGCUGAUGGAAAACAUUCAGCGUUUCCAGGCGGCGGUGAAGAAGUACGGUGUACCGGAGGAGGAAAUCUUCCAGACGGCGGAUCUUUUCGAGCGGCGCAACAUCCCCCAGGUGACGCUCUGUCUGUACUCGCUCGGAAGAAUUACCCAAAAGCACCCGGAAUAUAAUGGGCCUACACUUGGUCCCAAAAUGGCGGACAAGAAUGAGCGCAAUUUCUCCGAUGAGCAGCUGCGGGCUCAUCACGGUGAACUGAACCUACAGAUGGGUUACAACAAGGGUGCCUCACAGGCCGGCUUGGGUUCGUUCGGUAACUCCCGCCAUAUGUAG